AUUUUUUCUAGGCCUCGAAAGAAGGGAAUGUCCGGUAAUGAUACACAGAAAAUCGCUGACGCUGUAAGUACAUCAGGAGAAGGAGCCACGGCCAGUGCGGCUGACGACAGUGCCAAAAAGCCGGAGAACCCUUGGGCGUCUCCACGGCAGGAGCCCGUAAAUGGCAUUGUUCAACCACGAGUCAUCCCACCGAUGGGAAAGCCAACGCGGCACACAAAUCAGCUGGACUAUAUAUUGAAUACGGUGCUCAAAGAAGUGAUGAAACACAAGCAUGCAUGGCCGUUCAAUGUGCCAGUGGAUACGGUUAAGUUGAACCUCCCGGACUAUCACAAAGUGAUUCGUCGUCCUAUGGAUAUGAAGACCAUACAAAAGCGCUUGCAGAAUAUCUAUUACUAUUCAGCGAAGGAGUGCAUGGAGGACAUAAUGACAAUGUUCAACAACUGCUACACUUUCAACCCUCCUCACAGUGAGAUCGUUUCAAUGGGUCGCGAACUCGAACAACUCUUCUUGGCCAAGAUUGCUGAUAUGCCUUCUGAUGUAAGUAUUCUAGUGGAUUUUUCUCCAGGAUUUCGAAGAUAUCUUCCGCAACUGUUACACCUUCAAUCAAAAGACACUAAUUCUCAGGUUCCUCGUCGUGAAUCGGCACGUCCUGUUAAGAAACCGGCGCAUUUCAUUGAUUAUACACAGCUACCUCCUAGGUAUAAGGGUAAAGCUUCAGAGUCAAUGAAGUUUUGCCACAAGGUGUUACAUGAGCUGAUGGGCAAAAAGUGCAAAGCAUUUAAUUGGCCGUUUUUGGUUCCUGUUGACGUAGAAGGGAUGAAUCUUUCCGAUUACUACGACAUUAUUACCAAUCCCAUGGAUCUUGGUACGAUAAAAAAGAAGUUGGACAAUAAACAGUACGCAACCGCACAAGAAUUCGCUGAUGACAUUAAGCUGGUAUGCUCUAAUUGUUUCACGUACAAUCCUGCCACAGAUGUUAUUCAUCAGCAUGGAAGAGCUCUUUUACGAGCGUUUGAAGAAAGGGUGAGUCUGAAUGUGCUGGCAGAUUGCUCAGGGCAAAAUGCUGUUGGUGGUGUUAUUCAAUCGAAUGGACUUAUGAUUUAG